AGAGCAGCACAGCAACGGCAUAUCACAGAGAAAUCUCCCCAAAGGCCUUCACAAACCACCUUCAUGUGACAACGUCUCACUCCAUUUUUGCAUCCCUAACAACAAGGAGGGCUCGCUGAACCGCACAGACGUUAUCCAAUAAGACCUUCUCUAUUUUUUCCACCGUGGCGAUGGUGUGGUCCGACAUACACAGGGAAUUGGGUCUGUUUCUGGAAUGUUCUCUUCUCCAGCAGAGAGUGGUCUGCCUCCACCUGUAAUGACAGAAUGAUAUGGAUUUCACACUUAUAUUAUUUGCUUCACUGGUGCAUGUCUGUUAGAACACUGGGGUCAAAUGGGACAUUGCUAAAAUGUGGCACGGGAUUUUUUUAUUCUCUACUUUGUAAUUAGCUGAAAUUGUAUGGGACACUUGAAUUCCUGCCUAUUGUACAGACAACUUACAAGCAGUUACACUGAAACAAAAUCUAAAACCAACAGCAGUCUGAGGGUAUAUAGAGCAAUGGUAAAAACUAAGAAGAAUGGAGAAAUACCACCUUUUGGAGUGUUCAGACAAUGUGUACAGGAGUGGCAAAUAAAUAACUGAUAAAGGGAAGAUGCAACUAGAAGUUAUUAUACUUCUUACUAUUUUAUUCAGCACAUUUGUUGUAAGGAAAGCCCUUUACAAAUACAAUUGUUAUUAUUUUUAUUUGUAUUCCAUUCCAGUCCCUGGAAUUUCCAUCCCAGUCCUUGGAAUUAACCAACCUCAUUCCAAAUGUCAACUCUACCAAGAAUCCAAACAUUCUGAGAACUCGUGAGGCUUGAAUUGUUUCCAUGGAUAUUGUUCUUAUGCUUUAUUGUGACACAGAUUAGAAUGCAUCAUCUUUAUACGUAAAGCAGAGGUGCGCACUAUUUGGAUUUCAGUGAGUUAAGGAAGGGAUUUGAAGACAGUUGAGAUUAAUCAAUAGCUAAAUAUGCAAUCAAUAAAACAACAAGUGGAGGAGAUCAGAACGGAGAGACUGUGAUUAGAAGAACUGCAGAAACGAAUGGAAGAAGAGAUCCUGUUGAAGAAAGGGAAGAGUCUGAUGGAGGAAGGGAUUCAUCUAAAGGAGGAGGGGAAGCUUAUCAAUUCCCCGCGGAACAAGAACAUUCAAAUCCCUGAAUCUGGGUGUUCUGAGUCUCACCUCCUAAACCUUCCGAGAUGUAUGGACGUACGGUACCCAUUUGUACCAAUGGUAAGGUUCUCAGUGAGUGGGACUCAUGUUGUGGAACUUCUGACCCCAGCUCAGACAAAUGAUGGCCCAGAUGUCUGGUCCUGCGGAGAUCAUAAUGAAGACUGCACCUGCAGAGACCAUACCCCUGCUCCAUCACCAGCCCCGAAGAGAUAUGAUGGCCUAAGUGUCUGGGUCUGUAGAGAUGGGAAUGGAGACUGCACCUGCAGAGACCAUACCACGGCUCCAUCCCCAGCCCUGAAGAGAUAUGACAGUCUAAGUGUCUGGGCCUGUAGAGAUGGGAAUGGAGACUGCACCUGUAGAGGCCAUACCACUGCUCCAUCCCCAGCCCCGGAGAGAUAUGAUGGCCUAAGUGCCUGGGCCUGUAGAGAUAUGAACGGAGAUUGCACCUGCAGAGACCAUACCAUGGCUCCAUCCCCAGCCCUGAAGAGAUAUGACGGUCUAAGUGUCUGGGCCUGUAGAGAUGGGAAUGGAGACUGCACCUGUAGAGGCCAUACCCCUGCUCCAUCACCAGCCCUAAUUCAAUUUGAUGGCCCAAGUGUCUGGGCCUGUAGAGAUAUGAACGGAGAUUGCACCUGCAGAGGCCAUACCACUGCUCCAUCCCCAGCCCCGAAGAGAUAUGAUGGCCAAAGUGUCUGGGCCUGUAGAAAUGAGAAUGGAGACUGCACCUGCAGAGGCCAUACCACUGCUCCAUCACCAGCCCUAAUUCAAUUUGAUGGCCCAAGUGUCUGGGCCUGUAAAGAUAUGAAUGGAGAGUUCACCUGCAGAGGCCAUACCCUUGCUCCAUCAUCAGCCCCAAUUCAAUUUGAUGGCCCAAGUGUCUGGGCCUGUAGAGAUAUGAACGGAGAUUGCACCUGCAGAGGCCAUACCACUGCUCCAUCCCCAGCCCCGAAGAGAUAUGAUGGCCAAAGUAGAUAUGAAUGGAGACUGCACCUGCAGAGACCAUACCCCUGCUCCAUCACCAGCCCCAAAGAGAUAUGA